CGUUCAAUACUUUAUUCGAGUCUAUACGAGUACGCGCCGCUACACGGAAGGGUGUCAAAUAAAUACAGGUUGAAAUAUAUCCGCUGUCGUGUUCUGUGAUCCCGCUAUAUACGUGUCGGUUGAAGAAUGAAUUUUUGUUUGGUUUUCGUUCUAUGCUUUUUCGCGUGUUGCUCGGGAAUGUUAUACAGAAGGGAUGCCGACAAUGUUUUAAAACCGGAUCUCCAGCCAGUAUCUUCAACGGUGGUCCCACUCUCGUUCUACUCGGUGUUCGGCUACGAGAAGAAAAUGUAUCGGGACAAACACAAGAAAAGGCCGCAGGGGAAAAUCGCGCUAGUCACCAAAAUGCCUAAAUAAAGAAACUACAAAUAACAA